AUGGCCGACCGCAACCUCUUGGACCAAGCAUUGGAUUUGCCCGCCGAUGACCCUCCACCCUAUCCCACGGUGGCCGCAUCUGAGAACUCCGUUCUGGAGAUCGCAGAUGUUAAAGCAAACGGCCGCAUUGACAUCGACCUCGAUUCGAAGCUCGCCAGGACUCUCUCAAGGCUUGUGCGCAAUGCCUCCGAUGACCUUCCCCAACCGCCGCCCAGAUACACCGUUACGCAAGAGCUGCAGGUAAGGCUGAAUAUCGUGAUCCAAGUCGUAGGAAGUCGCGGAGAUGUUCAGCCGUUUAUCGCGCUCGGAAACGAACUGCAGCAAUGCGGCCACCGCGUACGCCUCGCGACGCACGAUGUGUUCGAAGAGUUUGUGCGAAAAUCUGGACUCGAGUUCUAUCCUAUCGGCGGAGAUCCAGCGGACCUUAUGGCAUACAUGGUCAAGAACCCGGGUCUGAUACCCAACAUGAGGAGUCUGCGGGCCGGCGAUAUUCAACGCAAGCGGGCUAUGAUUGCUGAGAUGCUCGAGGGGUGCUGGAGUUCGUGCAUCCAGCCCGAUCUCCUCUCGAACGUGCCUUUUGUUGCGGAUGCGAUCAUCGCAAAUCCCCCAAGCUUUGCGCAUGUACACUGUGCGCAGGCGCUAGGCGUCCCGGUGCACAUGAUGUUCACAAUGCCAUGGAGCAGCACUAGGGCGUUUCCACACCCUCUGGCGAACCUGAAAUACUCGGACACGGAUCCCAAGAUAGCGAACUACAUCUCAUACAAUAUCGUGGAUUUCAUGACGUGGCAAGGUCUAGGAGACGUGAUCAACAAAUGGCGGCGAAACACUUUGGACUUGGAGCCCAUUCCAACUACAGAAGGCCAUGUUCUCGCGGAAACUCUCAAAAUUCCAUUCACGUACUGCUGGUCGCCAGCUCUAGUUCCAAAGCCGGCAGACUGGCAAUCCCACAUAGAUGUUUGCGGCUUUUUCUUCCGUGAUCCGCCGGACUACACACCGCCACCCGAGCUAGAUGCUUUCCUUCGUGCCGGUCCUCCACCUGUCUACAUCGGGUUCGGUAGCAUCGUAAUCGAUGAUCCCGAAAGGGUAACAGCUAUGCUUCUUGAAGCCAUCCAAGCGACCGGUGUCCGUGCGAUCAUCUCGCGCGGGUGGAGUAACCUAGGAGGCCGGGAUCAUCCGAACGUCUUUUAUUUGGGAGACUGUCCGCACGAGUGGCUCUUCGAGCGUGUUGCUGCAGUGGUGCAUCACGGUGGUGCAGGAACAACGGCAUGUGGCUUGCUGAACGGAAAGCCCACUACAAUCGUGCCGUUCUUCGGAGACCAACCAUUCUGGGGUAAUAUGGUCGCCGCUGCCGGAGCAGGACCCAAGCCUAUUCCAUACAAGUCGCUUUCCUCACAAAAUCUUGCGGAAGCAAUCUCGUUCUGUCUUACGCCUGAAGCAGCAACGGCUGCUGAGAAGAUUUCCGCCAAAAUGAGAACCGAGUCCGGUGUCAAAGCAGCUGUGAAAUCCUUCCAUGCGAACCUUCCUCUCGAAAAGCUGCAGUGCGACUUUCUCCCAGCUCAGCCUGCAGCCUGGACAUGCAAGGUGGGGAAAAAGACGGUGAAGAUGUCAAAGAUGGCGGCAUGGAUUCUAAGUGAGCAUACGAAGACAGACCGGAAAAACCUAAAACUGCACCAUACAAACCCUAUAAUCAUCGAAAAUGCGCGCUGGGACCCGGUUACGGCCGUCUCGUCGGCCUCCAUCGGUACCGUCAGGGACAUGACUGGAGCCACGGCCGGCAUGUUCGUCAAGCCAUACGAAGAAUACCAGCAUAGGCGCGUCAAGCGUACCGUUACCGGCACAUCUCAUGCCAGUAACGCCUCACAUGAACCUUCUCCGGUCCAGUCCAACGCGGCUUCCCGCGAAAGCUCCCCUGUCCGCUUCACUGACAACGGAGAAGGUUUCACUGCUAGUGGCGGGUUUAUGGAGCACCGCGAAAGCGACCUGGACCCGCAAAUAAAGGACGCUCUUGCAGUCGUAUCAGCAAAGAGUCCUUCAGGUAUUGACUCCAUCUCCACCGGAACAGAUCGCAGCGAAGGUAGCUCCAGCAUCAACGCCCCAUCGACUGAGGACCCCAGUAGCAGCCGCAAAACAGGCCUGAGCACCGCGGGCGCCAUGGCAGCCGCAUCCGGGAAAGGCCUCGGAAAAUUCGUCGUAAGCUUCUACAAAGGCGCGCUGGUCGACAUCCCCCUCGCAGCGACCGAAGGCCUGCGCGUGAUGCCUCGCCUGUACGGCGAGGAACCCAAGGACUACGGCAAGGUGACAGACUGGAAGAGCGGUGCGGCCGUGGCGGGCAGGACGUUCAGCCAUGGCAUCUACGAGGGCCUCACGGAUAUCUUCGUCUUGCCGUACAAGGGGAAGGAGGAGGAGGGCGCGUUGGGCGUUGCUAAAGGGAUUGGCAAGGGUCUCGUAAGCAUGACGGGGAAAACUGGGGCGGGGAUUGUGGGACUGGUGGCGUAUCCCGGUCUGGGAAUCUGUAAGAGUAUCCGCGCUGCUGUGAAGACGACGACCAGAAAGGGCGUUGAGGCAGCGAAGUGGGCUGAGGGGGAGUGGAUGAUGAUGACGGAAGCGGGUGUGUAUGUGGAUCGUGAUGCGGUGAUUGCGGCAUUUGAUACCCUGAUGAAGGAAAACGGAAAGGCAAGGUCUUUGUGA